AUGAAAAACCCUACGACAGCGUGUCUGCUUGCGGCUUGUCUGCUCCCAGCCCUCACCCGCGCAGCCUGCGAAUGCGGGUAUGCCACCAACAUCACCGGCACCCUCGAGGUCUUUACCGACCUGAUCGAGACCGACUUCACAAAAGUCAAGGAUAUCAUGAACAACACGGACUGGGCACGCCAGGAUUUCAACAAGACCAACACAAACGCCCGCGGGCCCUUGGGAGAAAAGUUUAUGCCGAGCAACGUCGCCGCCGUCCACGAGGGAUCAAGUUCUUACGGGCUCAGCUCGACAAAGGCGAACGCCGGGCUGCAGCUGCUCGUCGAGAGCGCCACGACAGAUGGUCUGGUGCCCGGUGCGGAGAUCGACUCGGCGCGGCAAGAUGUGCGUUACGGUUCGUUUCGGGCGAUGAUGAAGGUGCCGGAUGUUGCUGGGACGUGUGCUGCCUUUUUCUGGUACCACAACGACACCCAAGAGAUCGACAUGGAGUUCCUCACAAGAGAGUUCAACUCUUCAAAUAACACCUAUCCUGUCAACAUCGUUCUCCAGUCCCGCGCGUCGCUCGAAAAGGGCUACAACGCCGCCGGCACGGGCAACUUCCUCAAUGUCAACCUCGGCUUCGAUCCGACCGCAAACUUCCACGAGUACCGCAUCGACUACCUCGCCAACGCCGUCACCUUUUACGCUGACGGCAAGAUCCUGGGUUCCAUGAACGGCAGCGCCGUGCCCACCGAGGGCGGCCACCUGAUUCUCCAGCAUUGGAGCAACGGGAACCCGCUCUGGUCGGGGGGCCCGCCCAAGCAGGACGCUAUCUUGACGGUGGCAUCGGUCAGGGCCUACUUCAACUCGUCACUGGAUGCGAGAAAAGCCGACUACGAGGGCCGGUGCGCGGAUCCGAUGGCGCCGGACGCCGUGUGCAUCAUCCCGGACGCUCCCGACUUCUUCUUUACGAAGCAGACGAACAUGACCAACAAUCAGACCGUGUCUGGAACACCCGGCCCCGGAGAGGGUGUUGCUGCCGCUGCUGGGACAGUGGAAGCGCCGUCAUGGUCCUUAGUCGUCGGCUUACUUGUUUUGGGGAUUUGGUUCCUCUGA